AUCCCCGUCCAUGACUUGGAACUCGGAAUAUGAACAUAUAACGCUGUGUGUUGAAUUCUCUUAUCUUCUUCCUUCCAACACUACGUCUCGUCUUGAGGUCUUCAGGAAAACUACCUUGAGUAACAAUCUCUUGUGGUUGUUGUCAGGGAGCCAUGGGAGGGUAUGGGGACGUGCACACAUACCUGUAAAGUCGAAGCAAGAUUUUCAGAUUUCUUUCAGGGGGUAUUCUAGGACAAACGGUUCUAUUUCGYUUGCAAUAAGGAACGUUCAAGUAAUCAGCAGAUCCUGUUCGCUGCGCCCAGUAUUUGCAAAGCCAGGCUUUCAAUGCAAAGUGACUGAGUUCAAGUGUGGGAAUGGUCAGUGCAUUAACAAACAUCACAGAUGUGAUGGUAUCCAUGGCGACUGCCUUGAUGAUUCUGAUGAAGAUGGGUGCAUUUGUCAAACUGGUUACUUUACCUGUGCAAAUCAAAAAUGUAUUCAUCACACAAGACUUUGUGAUGGAAAUAGGGACUGUGUAGAUGGUGAAGACGAGCAUCAUUGUGCUCGAAAAUGUUCAGAGAACCAGUGUCUGGAUGGAAGGUGCAGUUCCUGUGGCCAACAGAUGUCCUGUGAGGAUAAACUUAAUCAGCAAUCCUGCGAUUUCUUCGUAAUCAAAGAAAUGCUCAAAGUAAAAAGAUGUCAAAUGCAAGUACAGAGAGGAAGUUACAUUCUUUUAAUGUCAAACAAAARCACCAAAAAAGGUUAUGGAAGACUCGUGAAGCAUUGGAAGAUAACCGUCACCGCCUGCAUGCAGUUCUGGUAUUUUAUCCCUGAUACAUCUAACUCAAAACUUGAGAUUGUUGUCCAUACUGCUAUCAGCACCAAGCUUCUCUGGAAUACUUCAAACCCUACUGCUGGGGUCUGGGCAUUUGGACAAGUGCAGAUACCAGGAAACUCAGCAGGAAAGAUUAUUCUCACUGGAUAUGUAAGCAAACACUUUGCUGCUCUUGACGAUUUGGGAUUUGUCAAAGGAGGAUGUGCUUCAGUUUAUUCUCAAAGGAAUCCAUCAUGUUAUUCAGACCACAAUGGCUCAUGUGAUUGGGAUAUGUUAAGUCCACUUAUUCAUCCAAAAGCAGAAGGAUGGCGAUGCCUUCGAUUUUGGUUUUACAGCGGAUGGAAAUAUUUUGGAAGAAAAUUAUCUGUAGAAUUCCAAACCGACAACAGGAGUACAGAAGAAUGGAGCUAUAGAAGCGCCACUGAUAAAUGGACCUUUAUUCAACUACCAAUCCCUGAAAAACAAGAUCGUUUACAAAUCAAGAUAAGCGCAAGAAAGGACAGCCCCAAUGUAAAGUUAGUUAUCAAUGGUUCAACCUUUUCAAUGGAGCCUUGCCUGAAAAUUCCAGCACAUCAAGAGUGUCAUGAGUACAAGUCCCUCAGUUAUUCAGAYCGUCGAGAGGAUACCAUUGCAAAAGAAGAAACCUUCAGAGGUUGUGAUGAUCAUCUUUCCACGACCACCUGGUACCGAGUCGUAGAUUCUGCUGGACGGCAGUUGGCAACAUCGUGUAUAGAUAGAAAAUCGUCUUGCUCAACUAAAUACAUGGGGUGGAUCAAUGGCCUACUUCCUUCAGUAGAAGAUGGGAUAGUUGAACGUCAACUAUGCUUUGCCGCAGAUGGCAAGUGCUGUGUUGAGGAAACUACCGUAAAGAUACGAAACUGCAAGGAUUWUUUCGUCUAUCAMUUCCCGAGAAAAGUUCCAACUUGUCCAUCAAAGUAUUGUACAGUCUACAAACAAGAAUGGGGAGAUAAUCGUAUUGGUGUAUCUGAUAGGAACAUCAUACCAGAUAACACAUUUACGGCAAGUUCACAGUGUGACAAUGAUGAAGCAUACUGUAUACGACUGACUGGAAAGGUCAGGGGAUGGGCACCAAAGACAAACAUAGACCCUAAUGACUAUCUACAGAUAGACUUGGGUGAGGUGUUCGUUAUCCGUGCUGUAGCUACACAAGGUCAUCCUGUGUGGUCAUACUGGACUACAGAAUACAAGUUAUCAACAUCUAUUGACAAUAUCACUUGGACUAUGUACCAAAGUGGUGGCAAAGUGAAGCUAUUUUCUGGUAACAAAGAUCGAUAUGGUGUUGUUAAGAAUACGUUAAACGAUACUCGAACUCUUGGCAGGCUCAUUAGAUUCAUACCGACGAAAGGCUACAGAUGGAAAGUACUACGUGUAGAAGUGUAUGGCUUUAGGAAAGAUCUAGAAAGCUUUAAGUCAAACACUCAGAACGAAUGGGAUGGCUGGUUAAAAGGACGUGAUGUAAAAGUGCAAUGGGAAGUACUGGAUGAAAACUACUAUGAAAAGGUUGCAAAUACUAUAAAGGCGUCGACAAGAUCAGAAGGUGACAACUUAACCCAGGAUUAUGAGUCRGACAUUGGUUUCUCGCUCGGCCAUAAAAAUCACUCUGUCAAUGUGGAGAUAAGGAAAACGCUGGGAGAAAUGACCAUGUGUCUUUGGAUGUCAAUCAACAGCUCAUCGCCAAUCAACAUGAGCGUUAGUUAUGUAAAGGAGAAGAAAGAAAAGAAUGUUAUUGCAUUUCUCAAGAUUGAUGCCACGACAAG